CCGACGGCUCACAGGAGCAUCAUCCAACACAGAUACGAGGUGCACGUCUAUGGAGUAUACACAGAUGAUGAGCAUCCCGAAUCACAUCGACAAAGCAAAACCCGCAACUCCUGCACUGCUGUACGGGUUCCAAACUUUAAUCUCAUCCGCGUGAGACAUCUUUCUGCACGGGUAUUGAAAGGAGAAGACGGGAAGUCUACACAGUCAGUUGACACAAGGGCAGCUUUGUUUAUCUAUCUAUCUAUCUAUCUAUCUAUUUAUUUAUUUAUAUAUCAAGUGCGCUGUUAAAUGAUUUUUCCGGAUUGCAUAUUACUGCGUAUUGGACUCGUCCGGGAGUGCACGCGCGGACUGCUGACUAAUGUCACGCGCCGUGUUUUUUCCGCCGCCGCCGUUCACACUUCUCCACAACACCGAGGUGAAGUAAGCCGAAGGUCAUCCGAACAUGCAUUUCAUCUGAUCCAAGAUUUUUGAACUAAUUCAUUUUUUUUUUUUUUAGCGCUGAGAUUUGGAAAACUGGGAAUUGACCGGGAAGUGACUGAACAACCCAGCACUUAUAGAAGCACUUUCAGGAGGUGAGGAAAGUCCUGGGAGAAUGUGGAGUCGUGGGGUGAAGCAUGAGCUGCCGGUGUGUUGCUUUUAGACUGGCGUGUCUCAUGUGUCCAUGGGAGUGUAUUUUACUAAGCCUCCACUGCUGGGUUUUAGCCUCGGCCACAGGCUCGCGGGAUGCUGCUGGCCCAUUCGGCUGGCUCCUUUCAGACAAAGGGCCUUUUCAUCAGUCACAGGAAUUUACGGAGUUUGUGGAGCGCUACCAACAGGGCUUCACCACCAGGUACAAAAUUUACAGAGAGUUCGGACGCUGGAAGGUGAACAGCUUGGCUCUGGAAAGAGAAGACAAUGGCAUUGCUUUGCCCCUCGACCCAGAGUUCAUGCAGAUCAUCAGGCAGCUGGGCCGCCGUCCCACCCUCAGUGCCAUCACCGAGAACAUCAUCAAGAAAUAUGGAACACACUUCCUGCUGUCAGCUACAUUGGGAGGUGAAGAGGCUUUAACUAUUUUUGUAGACAAGAGGAGACUGAGCCGCGCUGCCGACCCAACUGACUCCAAUAGCACAGCUGUGACUCUGGAGGCACUCCACCAGCUGGCUGCCUCCUACUUUAUAGACAGAGAGAGCACACUGCGCAAACUACACCACCUCCAGAUCGCCUCGACUGCCAUCAAGGUUACAGAAACAAGGACGGGCCCUCUAGGAUGCAGUAACUAUGACAACCUGGAUUCUGUCAGUUCGGUUCUGGUUCAGAGUCCUGAGAACAAGAUUUAUUUACAAGGGCUUCAGGCUAUUCUGCCUUGGUACCUGAAGAGCCGAUUUGUCCAGGCAGCCCUCAGCUACGUCAGCUGCCAUUCAGAGGGCCAAUUUAGGUGCAAGGACAAUGAAUGUUGGUGCGAGUGCAGUGUGGAUUUCCCUCAGUGCAACUGUCCCACUGAGAACCUGGAGGCCAUGCAGGACAGCCUGAGGCACAUCAGAGAGUCCUGGGUCCAAGCCAACCAUGAGUUUGAAGAAUCAGAAGAGUUCCAGAAUUUUGUGCGAAGAUUACCGACAUUCUACGCUCUCAACACAUCUGCUAUAAGGUACUUUUGGAAAAUGGACCCGGCUAUACACCAACGCUUUCAGCUGCUGGAGACUAGCACUCAACAGCUCCUCGGCAAAGCACAGCGUAUUGUCAGCAAGCUUUUCACUCUCAGCAAGAGAUGUCGAACUCAGCCCAAAAUAUCUGUGCCCAAAAAGAGGUCUCACAGCUACUGGCUGAACUACAUCCUUUCUCUCAUGUACUGCAGUGAAAAUAAUCAGUUAGGCACGUAUAUGGAAGAGAGGAGGGCCUGCUCCUGUCAGCAUGAGACCCCAUCCUGCCAAGGUGUCAUCCCAUGCAUGGUGGGUGAGGGGCCACUUUGUUCUUCCUGCUCCUAUGAAAAUCGAUCACGGUGUGCCAGCUGUAACCCAGGUUAUAGUCUGAGUCAAGGACUGUGCAGGAACAUCAUCCCUGACUCCACUGAUAAUUACAUAGGUUUUGAAACCGAUCUCCAAGACCUAGAGUUGCGGUAUCUCCUCCAGAAGCGAGACAGCCGAAUCAGCAUCCAUGCCAUGUUCAUUAGCAAUGAUGUGAGGCUCAACAACUGGUUUGACCCUUUGUGGAGGAAGAGGAUGCUCCUGACACUGAAAAGCAACAAGUUUAAGUCCAGUCAUGUGCACAUGCUUUUGGGGAUUUCCCUCCAGAUCUGCCUUACUAAGAACAGCACCUUGGAACCUGUGUUGUCUAUCUACAUCAACCCGUUUGGAGGGAGUCACUCAGAGAGCUGGAUCAUGCCCAUAGACCAGAACAAUUACCCUGACUGGGAGAGGACCAAGCUAGAUAUUCCUCUUGACUGUUAUAACUGGACGCUCACUCUGGGGAACAAAUGGAAGACAUUUUUCGAGACUGUACACAUAUACCUGAGGAGCCGUGUCAGAACAGCCUCAGCAAAUGGAAACAGCACAAUCUAUUAUGAGCCAUUGGAAUACAUGGACUCCUCAAGGAAUCUGGGUUAUAUGAAAAUCAACAGCAUGCAGCUGUUUGGAUACAGCAUGCACUUUGAUCCUGAAGCAAUCCAGGACUUGAUCCUCCAGCUGGACUAUCCGUACACACAGGGAUCACGGGAUUCAGCUCUGCUGCAGCUGCUAGAGAUACGAGACCGAGUUAACAGACUGUCUCCACCAGGCCAGCAGCCCCUGGACCUGUUCUCCUGCUUACUGCGCCAUCGCCUCAAACUGUCCACUAAUGACGUGGUCCGAAUUCAGGCUGCUUUGCAGGCCUUUAGUGCUAAGCAGCCCAACUCAAUGGAGUAUGAAACCACUAAACUAUGUAGCUAAUCAGACACUUUACUUUGUUCCUAACAUUAAAACAUAAAAAAGUUCACACUUUAAAAUAAUACAGUGAAUUAUUUU